CCGUCAGUGCAGAGAUACCGGGGAUUAGGGAAACCGUGUGGUCUCUACUGAGAAUAAGGAUACCCCAUUUUGUUUUUGUGCCACGCCAGAGGGAUAUUUCAACAUGGUGGUGGUGGCAGCAGGCACCGGGGGAGCGCACAAGGUGCUGCUCAUAUCCGGCAAACACAGUGGUUCUUCGUCCAGUGCGCACGGCUUCAGCCGGCCCCUGUCUGUGGUGCUCCCGUCCGCAGCCAGCCAGGCCUCGUCAGAUUCAGACUCCAACACGUCCGUGGGGCCACCCGUGCGUAAGAGACAGAGACUGACGCACCUCAGCCCAGAGGAGAAGGCACUUCGCAGGAAACUCAAGAACAGAGUCGCAGCCCAGACGGCCAGAGACAGGAAAAAGGCCAAGAUGGGAGAGCUUGAACAGCAAGUGCUGGAGCUGGAGGUGGAGAACCAGAAACUUCACAUUGAAAACAGAUUGCUUCGUGAGAAAACAACUGGCCUAAUAACAGAAAAUGAGGAACUGAGACAGAGACUUGGGUUGGAUACCCUAGACUCAAAACAAAAUGUGCAGAUGCUGAUAUCCAAUGUGAGCGAAACAGAUUUAGGAACCGGGUCUUCUGAGCGCAGCACUCAGGCUACGUGUGCCUCCGCAGCAGGUGCAGGCCCAGCAGUUUCUAAAUCUGAAGACCUCCCAAUGGAUACAGAUGGUUCUGACACUACAGACAAUGAGUCUGAUCUGCUCUUGGGCAUUCUGGACAUCCUUGACCCGGAGCUGUUCCUCAAGUCUUGUGAGCAGGAGUGCGAGGAGCCGUCGGUGCUGCUGGGAGGAGGGACCCACGCAGUACCUACCCCCGCACCUGCAGCUGUGGGGGCCUCAUCAGUUAAGCUGGAGGCCCUUAAUGAACUGAUUCACUUCGAUCACAUUUACACCAAACCCGUGGAUGAGCAAAGCGACGAUCAGUGCGAUGACGAAGACGGCGAGGAGAGCGACGGCGAUGAGAAGAUAUUUCCCGUGUCCGAAGUGGGGCUGGAGGAGGAGGUGUGCGUCAAAGAUGAGCCCGAGGAGGUGGUCAUUCCUUCUUCCUGCGCUCCUGUAGAUGACUUCCUGUCUACGGCCUCCUCACCUGCCCUCAGUCACCCGGACAAGGAAGCCUCUCUUGCAGACACAUACAGCGACUCUGGAUACGAAGGGUCCCCAUCCCCCUUCAGUGAUAUGUCUUCCACCCUGGGCGAGACCACCUGGGACGACAUGUUUGCUAAUGAACUCUUCCCCCAACUAAUCAGCGUAUAAAUCAAACUACAGACUGUAAAUACAUUUUCAUUUUAUAAGAGCUGUUGUGUAGUGUUCAGUGGCUACAUUUAAGCACGCAAUGCUCAUAGUAACUUAGAACACCCGCACAAUCUGCUCGCAUAUAGGCUAACCAUAAGUACGUAAUCUCCUUAACUACAGCAGGUCUGUACCAUUGGUGUAGCUGCAGUGACUUGUGGGAGAUGGAGUAUAAUUUCUUUUGUUUUUUUGUGACUUCGAAAGGGUUUAACAAUGCUCCGGCACCAUUCACUCACUGUUGAGAAUCAGCAGUGACUAAAGUACAGUAUUGUAAAUUAAAAGGGGGAACUGGGGAAGAUCCUUUUAAAUAUAGCUUUAUUUAUUUGUGUAUCCGAAUUCAGAGUCUCUGUAUGUAUGCAUGUAUAAAGGCUUUUCUUCUAAUUGUCAAAUCGCUCUCUUUGUCUAAUUAUUGCAUUAAAAACUGCUUUGCAUUUCA